AUGCAGAGCUUAAUAAUUAAAUCGAAAUCAAUAAUGUUAUUAAUUUCUACAAUUCUGGUUGCAAAGGAAACAGUGCCCUUUAAGGAAAUUAAUCAUCAACAUCACCUUUAAAGAGUAUUUAUGAAGACUUCUUGACAGCGUAAUGCUUGAUUAGGUCAUUUUUAGACAAGUGGGGAAAGGAGGACCCUAUUUUAAAACACUAUUCAUAGGCGGAUCGAAGCCAAAAGCAAGAGAAAACAAAGACUGGUCGAACUUUUAGAAAACCAAUAAGCUGCUGGUGGAGAAGAGAGAUGGGUCUUAUUGAAUGAAAGAAGUUCUGAAAAUAAAAUGAUCGAAAAAGGAAUUCGUGUCGAUGUGAACCCCUGA